AUGGUCACAUCCCACAGCUCCAGCCCAUCACAUAGAGCCCAGGCUGAACACUCCAUGCUAGAUGAGCCAACAAGACUUCAAACCCAGGCCUCCUUUCAGAGGAGGAGCUUAGCUCCCAGUCAGCUGGCCAGAAGGAAACUGGAAGGCAGAUCUGAUGAUGAUGAAGACUGGCAGCCUGAGGCAGUGACACGGAAGAAACAGAAAUCCAGUAAUGAGACCCAGAUCCAAGAGUGUUUCUUGUCCCCUUAUCGGAAACCUUUAACUCAGCUAACAAAUCGACCACCCUGUCUGGAUAGCAGUCAACAUGAAGCAUUUAUUCGAAGCAUUUUGUCAAAGCCUUUCAAAGUCCCUAUUCCAAAUUAUCAAGGUCCUCUGGGCUCUCGGGCAUUGGGUCUGAAAAGGACUGGGGUCCGCCGGGCUCUUCAUGAUCCCCUGGAAGAAGGUGCCUUGAUUCUGUACGAGCCUCCCCCACUGAGUGCCCAUGAUCAGCUGAAGCUUGACAAGGAAAAACUUCCUGUCCAUGUGGUUGUUGAUCCUAUUCUUAGUAAGGUUUUGCGGCCUCAUCAGAGAGAGGGAGUGAAGUUCCUGUGGGAAUGUGUCACCAGUAGGCGCAUACCUGGCAGCCAUGGCUGCAUCAUGGCUGAUGAAAUGGGCCUGGGAAAGACACUGCAGUGCAUCACGUUGAUGUGGACACUUUUGCGCCAAAGUCCAGAGUGCAAGCCAGAAAUUGAUAAAGCAGUGGUGGUGUCGCCCUCCAGUCUGGUGAAGAACUGGUAUAAUGAGGUUGGGAAAUGGCUUGGAGGAAGGAUCCAACCUCUGGCCAUCGACGGAGGAUCUAAAAAUGAGAUAGAUCAAAAGCUGGAAGGAUUCAUGAACCAGCGUGGAGCCAGAGUGCCUUCUCCUAUCCUCAUCAUUUCCUAUGAGACUUUCCGCCUUCAUGUUGGAGUUCUUCAGAAAGGAAGUGUUGGACUGGUCAUAUGUGAUGAGGGACACAGACUCAAGAACUCUGAAAAUCAGACUUACCAGGCUCUGAAUAGCUUGAACACCAGUCGACGAGUGCUCAUCUCUGGGACCCCCAUCCAGAAUGAUCUGCUUGAAUAUUUCAGCUUGGUACAUUUUGUUAAUUCGGGCAUCCUGGGGACUGCCCAUGAAUUCAAGAAACAUUUUGAGAUGCCAAUUUUGAAGAGUCGAGAUGCAGCUGCGAGUGAAGCAGAUAAGCAGCUAGGGGAGGAGCGACUGAGAGAGCUUAUCAGCAUUGUGAAUAGGUGCCUGAUACGGAGGACCUCUGAUAUCCUUUCUAAAUAUCUGCCUGUAAAGAUUGAGCAAGUGGUUUGUUGCAGGCUGACACCCCUUCAGACUGAGUUAUACAAGAGGUUUCUGAGACAGGCCAAGCCAGCAGAAGAGUUGCGUGAGGGCAAGAUGAGUGUGUCUUCCCUUUCUUCUAUCACCACUCUGAAGAAGCUUUGUAAUCAUCCAGCUCUCAUAUAUGAUAAGUGUGUGGAAGAGGAGGAUGGUUUUGAGGGUGCCUUGGACAUCUUCCCCCCUGGUUAUAGCUCCAAGGCUCUAGAGCCACAGCUGUCAGGUAAGAUGCUGGUCCUCGAUUAUAUUCUGGCAGUGACACGAAGCCGCAGCAGUGACAAAGUAGUGCUGGUAUCCAAUUAUACCCAGACAUUGGAUCUCUUUGAGAAGCUCUGUCGGGUUCGAAGGUACUUGUAUGUCCGCCUGGAUGGUACAAUGUCCAUUAAGAAGCGAGCCAAGGUUGUGGAGCGCUUCAACUGUCCAUCGAGCCCUGAUUUUGUCUUCAUGCUGAGCAGCAAAGCUGGAGGCUGUGGCCUCAAUCUCAUUGGGGCUAACCGGCUGAUCAUGUUUGACCCUGACUGGAACCCAGCCAACGAUGAACAAGCCAUGGCCAGGGUCUGGCGUGAUGGUCAAAAGAAGACCUGCUAUAUUUAUCGCCUGCUGUCUGCAGGAACCAUUGAGGAGAAGAUAUUCCAGCGGCAGAGCCACAAGAAGGCACUGAGCAGCUGUGUAGUGGAUGAAGAACAGGAUGUAGAACGGCACUUCUCUCUGGGCGAGUUGAAGGAGCUCUUUACCCUGGAUGAGGCUAGCCUCAGUGAUACACAUGACAGGCUGCACUGCCGCCGUUGUGUCAACAGACGCCAGGUCUGGCCACCCCCUGAUGGUUCUGACUGCACUUCAGACCUGGCCCAGUGGAACCAUAGCACUGAUAAGCGGGGGCUCCAGGAUGAGGUACUCCAGGCUGCCUGGGAUGCUGCCUCCACUGCCAUCACCUUCGUCUUCCACCAGCGUUCCCAUGAGGAGCAGCGGGGGCUCUGCUGAUAACCAGCUGGUCUGWGUGUAGCUGUUAGCAGAAGGGUACAGGGAAAAGGGGCUACCUGCCCCAAGGGUCCUGCUGAAUUUUGUUCUCUGGGAGAAAAUCAUCAAGAAGGGCUGYAUGAUGUUUGCCCAAAAUUUAUUUUAUAAGAAAAACUUUUCUGGUUAAAAAAAAGAAAGGAAUAAAGGUAUGAAAGGG